AUGUCAGUGACAUCCGUGCCUUUGAGCUUUCCCACCGAGGCCUUGGAGAUUUCUCGUUCCGGCUGCUGUCGGUGGGCUCGAAGUGGCCAAGAACCGGUGCUCAUCACUGCGUUGUUGAAGAAACUUCGUGAGAGUGGUGUUUCCAUUGAUGAGGCAGCAAAAGCUUGUCACACCUCUGCACCGCCGGACAAACAUAAGGAAGCAAUGCGAUUCAUGGAACCGCUUGAUCAAGAACUUUUGAACUGUGUUUUGGCCAAAGCGCCUGCAACAAAUUCGGAUGCCUCUGAAGAGCUUGCCAAAGCCAAAGCCAAACUGGCUGAACAUGGUAUUGCAAUGUCCCCUUUGAAGAGGAAGGCAACUGAAGAUCCUGAGCCAGACUCGGAAAGAAGGGCAAAGCCCGCCAUGCCUAUUGCUGAGCCGGAGUCCCAAAUGGAAGCCGAAAAGCUCCUAAACGACCCUCAAAGAAAGCUGGAAACUCGUCCCAAAGGAGCCACAGAUGACCAUGUCACUGAAUGGCUGGCUACCUACAAGAACACGCCAGAGUUUAAAGGCAAGUAUCAAUUGCUUGUCAAGCAUGUACAGACCGUUCAGAAGCUUCUCAAAACUGAAGCCUCCAAGGACCAACUGGUCUCUGCUGCAAAAGAUUUCGGACUGGACCCGAAGCUGGCAUCCAGACUGUCGAUCAAGAAUUUGUCCACAGUGAUCGCGGUUGCACGGUUUCAAACUGCUUGA